CCCCCCCUGGAGAGCUUGGCCACGGUGGAGGAGACAGUGGUGAGGGACAAGGCGGUGGAGUCUCUACGGGUGGUGUCCCACGAACACGCCCCACCUGACCUAGAAGGUCACUUUGUCCCUUUGGUGAAACGCUUGGCCGGAGGCGACUGGUUCACCUCCCGCACCUCCGCUUGUGGCCUCUUCAGCGUCUGCUACCCGCGCGUCUCCAGCCCCGUCAAGGCCGAACUGCGACAAUACUUCCGCAACCUCUGUUCGGAUGACACCCCCAUGGUCCGUCGCGCCGCCGCUUCCAAAUUGGGCGAAUUCGCUAAAGUUUUAGAGUUGGAGCACGUCAAGAGCGAGAUCAUCCCCAUGUUCUCCAACCUCGCUUCCGACGAACAGGAUUCUGUCCGGCUGUUGGCGGUGGAAGCUUGCGUCAGCAUCGCCCAACUUCUGCCGCAAGAGGAGUUGGAGGGGUUGGUGAUGCCGAC